GCAGGUUUACAGGAGAUGAAACAAUUUUUUUUUCAUUUUUUUGACACAUAAAAAACACAUGAAACAGCUGUCAUUUUGAUAUUAUGUCAAAAAACAACAAAUAUGCACAUAAUAUAUUUUAGAUUAAUUAGUUUCAUGUGAUGACAUAAAUACACAGAUUUUAAAAGCACGUUAUGGAAAUCACUCACUUGAAAAAAAAGCACAGCAGAAAAAAAAACCCACAUGAAAAAUGUAAAAGUGCUUCUAGUGUAAAAAGAAGUCCGGAUGUGGAAACAGGUGUGAAAAAACACGUCUUAAAAACCCUCUCUGAUUAUUCACAUGUGGCUCAUCUGUAAGGGUUUAAAUUUGGUCAGUCAGCUGAACUAAUGACUCAAAGCUGAAAGUGUAAAUUUCUAAUGUAAAUCGUGCUCUCUUCUAAUGAUCACUGCAGCCCUUCAGAGUUAAUCCCCUCAGGAUUUACUGCAGUUUUCAGUGUGUUGGACUCAUUAAGGGACAGUAAUGCAUCACAUGUACCUUUUCUCAUGGUUUUAGAGCAGCUGUUUAGCAGCCAGACAAAAUAUUAAUUUCUAAACUUUUGAAUCAGAGUGAAUAAACAGCAGGUUUUGGGCUGAAUGCCCUGUCAAGAUGAUCUGUAUCAAAGUAGAGACGCUUUAAGAAGAUGAAAGUUCACAGGAAGUUGCGUUUUCUGCCUGUUAGAGGUGUGAAAGUAGACCUGGUGUCAGGCUUGGCCUGAUUUAACGUGAACAUCAGUACAGUACAGUACAGUACAGUACAGUAAAGAACAGUACAGUACAGUACAAUACAGAACAUUAGAGGACAGUACAGUACAAUACAGUGGAGUUCAGUACAGUGCAGUAGAGUACAGUAAAGUACAGUACAACACAGGACUAUACACUAGAGUACAGUAAAGGACAGUACAGCACAAUACAAAACAUUAGAGGACAGUGAAGUACAGUACAAUACAGUACAGUAUAGUAUAAUAUAGUAGAGUAUUGUACAACACAGUACAGUGCAGUACAAUAUAGUAGAGUAUUGUUUAAUACAGUACAGUAGAGUGGAGCACAGUACAAUGCAGUAUAGUGCAGUUCAAUACAAUACAGGACAGUAGAGUAGAGUGCAGUACAUUUCAUUUGCCCUGAUUAAGUGCCAAAUAACUAUAAUAAAAAAAAUAAAAUAUUUUUUAUUAGACAAAGUAAUCGUUUCAGUCAAUUUUAAUCUAUCCAAGUAAUUCAAGGUCCUUUCUAUUCACCCAAAUCAAUCUACAUCGUUCUUUUUAUUUAUUCUUUACUUACUUAUUUUUGUUGACCCAAGUAAUUCUGUAACAGUUUUUGAAAGGUAUAAAACCAUUAAUAGAAAUGCAUCAGGUUGUUUAAUUGGUUCUUCAAAUACAAUGAAACCUAUUUGUAGGUGUUUCUUCUUCUUCUUCUUCUUCUUCUUCUUCUUCUUCUUCUUCUUCUUCUUCUUCUUCUUCUUCUAAGCGUAGGUUUAGUAGUAGUACUAAACCAGAGAGAGUUAAGGAGUAAUAAAAUCCUUUUUUACCUUCUAUACACAGUACAGAACCCUGUACACUUCACUCCUCCUGUUCUAUUUCUCUCUUUCACUUCUUUCUCUCUCUCGUUCUCUUUUCUGUAGAGGCAUAAAUAGUGUUGGCAUGGCCUGGCCUGCCCCCCUCCCUGGUUCUCUGGCCGGUCCCUCUGUCCCGGCAAAUCUGCUGUUAGAAAAACCUAAAAAUUCAUUUAGACUGACCCCAAAUCAGAGGGUGUCUGCACCGCGGCCUUUAUUACACAGCGAGGAUAACUUGUGUUGUGGAGGAGGAUGGGGUAUUAUUAUCUCUGCCUUACCCACCCAGCUAUAAAAACUAGUGGUGCAGCAUCUCUACAUACAUCUCUCUCUCUCUCUCUCUCUCUCUCUCUCUCUCUCUCUCUUUUUCUCUCUCUCUCUCUCUCUCUCUCUUUCUGCUGGCUGUACAGAGGGUCCACCUCUUCUCUCUCUCUCUCUAUUUCACUCUCCUCCUUCCUGCCUGCUGCUCACCCACUUGCUCUCUGUCUCUGUCUCUCUCCACGCUGCUCUGCACGUGUGUGUGUGUGUGUGUGUACGCGAGUGUAUGCGAGUGUGUGUGAGUGUGUGUGUGUGAGGGAGAGCGAGCGCUGUUGUUUCUGCCACUGUGCUGGAUGAUGUUGAUGAUGAGGAUGAUGAGGAUGAUGAUGAGCCGGGGGGGAGUUUUGUGAAUGGAGGGAGGAUAACUGCAUGAGUGAGAAUGGAUAAGGAGCGCGGGGUGAGCGAGAGUGGGAGAUGAGACAGACAGAUAGACAGACAGACAGACAGGGAGAGAGAGAGAGAGAGAGAAAGAGAGAGGGAGAGAGGGAGAGAAAGAGAGAGGACGCAACAUCACUUUGUAGUCUCAGGAUCAUUCACAUACGUUCCAGAGGAGGCUGGAGGUUCCUAUGAGAUUAUGGCCCACGGCGAGGAAGACCUCAUUGGGAUCCCCUUCCCAAACCACAGCAGCGACGUCCUGUGCAGCUUGAACGAGCAGCGACGUGACGGUUUGCUCUGCGACGUUGUCCUGGUGGUGAAGGACCAGGAGUACCCCACCCACCGAUCUGUGCUCGCUGCAUGCAGCCAGUACUUCAAGAAGCUUUUCACAGUUGCAACAGGUGAUGGUGACCUAAGCCAGCACGGCGUCUAUGAGCUGGACUUCGUAGCGCCCGAAUCGCUGACGGCCAUUCUGGAGUUUGCCUACACAUCAACGCUGACGGUGACGGCGUCCAACGUGAAGGAGAUCCUGGGCGCGGCGCGGCUUUUGGAAAUUCCCUGCAUCAUCAAUGUUUGCUUGGAGAUCAUGGACACGGGGGGAGGGGGAGGAGGAACCGGAGGUGGAGAAGGAGAGGGAGAGGAGGAGGAGUUUGAGGAGGAGGACGAAGAUGAGGAUGAGGAGGAAGAGGAGGAGGAUGAAAUGGUGGAGGAGGCGGAAGAUGAGUCAAAAGAUGGCGAGGACCGUGAUGAGGAUGACAUCAGCGAAAGCAGAUCUGUACACGCAGAUCUUAUCGACAACCAGGAGAGACAAUCUUCUAAAGGAGAAAGAGGUGCAGAAAGCCCAGCUUGCAGCUCCCAGCAGAGGGUGCACCCAGACCGAGAGCUGGCCACCUCCAGGCCUGACUCCCAGAGAUGCCGAUCGGGCACUCCAGAGACCUUUUCGGGCGACAAACCCAGGGAUCAAGAGGGACUUGAAGGUAGAGCUCUGAAAGACUUCUCCAUCGAGUCCCUACUUCAAGAAGGGCUAUACCCAAAGAUGCCAGGUCUGGAAAGAGGAGGGGCAGGCAUUUCCUCACUGCUACCUGGAUUCUAUCCACCAAUGUGGGCCACAGAGUUCCCCAGCUUCCCCCAUCUUCUGGAUCCCCAUCGCCCACCUCACCCUUACCCCUCAGCUCCACUGGAGAGUGGCCCUUUAGACCUCGCCAUCAAGAAAGAGGUCAUCAAAGAGGAGCUGAAAGAUGAGCUCCCCAGUGCUCUGCUCCACAGAGACUUUCUCAAAGACUUCAUGAGCCCCGGAGUCGGCGUGGGCCCUGAACCUUCUCUCAGCCACAUCAAAGACGAGGCAGACCUUCGUAACUACCUGAGCUUUCUCUCUGCGUCUCACCUGGGGACGCUGUUUCCCCCAUGGCAGCUUGAGGAAGAGCGCAAGCUGAAGCCCAAAGCGUCCCAGCAGUGUCCCAUCUGCAACAAGGUGAUCCAGGGCGCGGGAAAACUACCUCGGCACAUGCGGACACACACCGGCGAGAAGCCCUACAUGUGCUCCAUCUGCGAGGUCCGCUUUACAAGGCAGGACAAGCUGAAGAUCCACAUGCGUAAGCACACGGGCGAGCGGCCCUACAUCUGCCUCCACUGCAACUCCAAAUUCGUGCACAACUACGACCUGAAGAACCACCUGCGCAUCCACACGGGCGUGCGGCCGUACCAGUGCGAGCACUGCUACAAGAGCUUCACCCGCUCCGACCACCUGCACCGGCACAUCAAGCGCCAGAGCUGCCGCGUCUCGCGCCCGCGGCGGGGACGCAAGCCCUCCGCCUGGCGCUCCUCCGGCUUCCUCUUCCCGCAGGACGCCCACUCGCUCCAGGGGGAAAGGACCCUGCGGCUGCCUGCCCACGGCCCGCCUGUGCCGGGUCAUCUGUCGGUGGCGGUGGCGGAGGCGCGGCCCCCGGCCGGCAGAGGGCUGGAGGACUUGGACGCGAGCAGCAGGGAGAGCCUGACAGACAGGAAGCUCAUCUCAGAGGAGGUGGAGAGGAAGAGGGGGGUGUUCGCCUUCGCCCUGGCCAGGGAGGACAUUCUACCGCACCCGCCGUUCUACCCCACCACCCCUGACCCCUGGACCAUGAGACUGGAGCGAGCUCCGCCCAUCCCAGAGGCAGCAAACUGACCCCGAGCGACCGGGUCUCUCGCGCACAAACUCUCUCUGAACUCUCUAAAAACUCUCUAAGAACUGAAGAAAGAAGAUUCCUCAAAGAUCUCUUAAACAAUCUCUCAAACAAUCUCUGCAAAUCUACAGACUUUGGAAAAAUCCUCGAAACUAUUUGCCGAUUGCAGCUUCCUAAUGUGAUUACAGGGAUUUUAAAUACUUCUUUAAACAAAAAAAACAAUCAAAAGCGUUAAUGAUCUGGAUGUAUAUUUGUAUUUAUGUUUGACUCUGGUGGUUUUACGCUUCUGCAUUCGCUAACAAGGGUAAAUGAAAGUGGGACACUUUAAUCUGUCUGCCCACAGACUGUUAUACGUGCAAUCCAUUUUUUUUCCAUUCCAAAGUUCUGCAGGUAAGUCAGGUAUCGAAGUGAUUAUAAACAAAAAAAAACAUCAGAAACAAUAAGCUAAACAAAACAGACAAAACAGACAAAAGAGACAAAAGAGACCGAGACGUAUGCAUCGCACCGUGCUUCAGACAAGCUACAUUACUGUACAUUACUGUUCCUCCGGCUUCAAGUGGAAACACUGUAUAUGUACGUCUAUGCAAAAAAGAAGAGAAGAAAAUACAUGUUUAGACAUUAAAAUUUUAAUUUAAAUUUUCAAAGGUAACAAGAAACAAAAUCAAGGUGUGAAUAAAUCUCAUAUUGAUUUAAAAUAUCAUGAUUAGUCAUGAUAUCAUGAUAUUCCAAUUUGCAUUUUCCAAAAAUAACAAAUUAAGCAUAACACAAAACACAUUAAUACAUUUUUUAGUUUUCUGUCAUUGUUUUUGCUGUUCUGUUGUAUUGAUUGUUUUUCUUAGAAAAACAAAUCACAACAGAAAUUCAGUAUCACAUGACAAAAUAUAACAAAGAGUAUAAAGUAUAAGAUAAAUGCAAAAUUUUUUCUUAUUUCUCGUUUUCUUGGAUCGAACCAUCCCUAGUUUACCCUUGAUUAGCACCCGAUGCUUUGUCUGCACUAUUGUACAUAUUUUCUAUGAUGUUUUAAUAACCUUAUGGUGAAGUUGAUAAUUGUUGUAAAGCAUUUUGACUUUUGAACAUUGCGAAACAUCCAAAGAUGUGUUGUUUGAGAACAAACUUGAAAGUCUUUUUUCCUGAAAUCACGUUUUUAAAUACUUUUAAAUCUCCUUAAAAUUGCUCGACUAAAUCUGUUUUUCUUUUUAUUGUUAUAUUUUUUUUUCUUUUUUUUUUUUUUGCUAUGAUUUGCCGGUUGAAAGUGUCUUGCAGGUGCUCGUCUUGUACAGAAAUUAAAACAGGGAUUGUGUCCAACUUUUUGAUAUUAUCCUUCCUCUUUUUAUCUGAAUGAAUAUUGUACGUCAUUGUUGUCGGAACUGAAACGGAGAAAAAAAUAUUUUCAUGCUAUUUAUGCAUAUUUAAAUAGGCCUUGGCUAUAUUUUGCUAAGAUGUUUUAUAAAGACACUAAAAUGAUUGUGUCCUUGUUUGUAUAUAGGAGAGAUUUGGCCUUUUGUAAUAAGAGAACGUGUGUCUGUGUGCUGGUUAGGUUAUGAAUUUGCUCAUUUUAAGCUUUUUAAGCUUUUUUGAACUGGAAAUAAUACAGCAGUCAUCUCUGAACAUCCCUCGCUUUCAUUCUCUUUCUCUCUCUCUCUCUUUUUCUCUCACCGUCUAACACUUCCUCUCUGAAAGUGCAGAUGACUUUCACGAGCUUCAUCACAAAAAAGUGAUUUUAUUUUUUUUUUUGUUUGUUUUUUAGCUUUAAAACAAUUGGGACAGAAAUGAGGAAAAAUAAGGAAAAUAAGUUGAUUUAAUUGAGAAAUUUUAGUGGGUUUAGUGAAGGUCUGCACUAAGUCUUUAGGGGACUUUGAUACAUUGAUGAAAAUAUACUAUUUUGCACUAUUCGUUUAUGAGAAAACUAUAAAACUAUUAAAUCAUUUAUAUAAGAAUUUCCUGGGAAGUUAAAUAAAAAAAUGAUAGAAAUGACAGUCAUGGACAAUGUUUGAGACUUUACAGCACUUUACUGGUCUUAUCAGAGAUGGGUCUCCAUCACUUCACAGUUGCUUAUAAUAAAUGUGCGUUUCUGUUUUGUUUUGUAUUUUAAACGUCAUCCCUGGUAAACUGAACCAAAUCAAUGAAUAAAAGGUGUGGAAAUAAAAUUAAUAAAACAGCUUUUUGCAGACUGGUAA